UGUGCACUGCGUUUGGAUGGGAGUUCUGCUGGUUGCUUAUUGUCUUGUGCAGCUCCUCCAUGGCCGAGUUAGCAUUAGCAUCGGGUGGUACAUACACGGCCGUUACCAUGACAACAGUAAAGUCGCGAGGUAUGUAGACGGGUCUGCACUUCACAGUCAAAUAUUCCAAAUCCGGGGAACAAUGGCUGUCUACAAUCUUUGUGUUUUUGCACCAGCUGUCAUUGGUGUAGAUGCAUAAACCCCCUCCUUUGAUCUUACCGGAGUGGCCGUUCCUGUCGUGACGGUGGACCGUGCAGCCUGCUAGCUCAAUAGCCGAGUCCGGAAUUGAUGGCUGCAGCCAAGUCUCUGCAAAACAGUUCAGGGGGUCCACCCGAAGGUCGACAACGCAGGCCAAACAGUUCAGGGGGCCGACCAUGUAGCCAGCAAUGGCGGCGAAGCAGGUCCGGAGGCCGACCACAUGGGAUGCAGCCACAGGCACAUGACUGCAGACCGUUGGGCAGUUUUGCAGGCAGUGGGCACAAUGUACUGGGCUUGGCAGAGACAGGACCAGGUGAGACAGGACCAGGUGAGGCAGGACCAGGCGGUGCCCUGACCUCUGGCGGAAUGGCAGUCACAGGCGGUGGAACUGGUGUUGGGGCCACUGCAGGCGACAACGUAGAAAUUGCUGAUGGUAGAGUAGAAGGUAGCUGAACGUAUUCAGAGCCAUCAGCGGACACGAGGAUGUGCUGGAGCGGAUCUCCUGAACCUGAACUGGAAGAGGUGAACAAACA